AGACUUUGAACCCAAUUUAUUUUGUGUACUUGACCCUACUGUCAUAAAGUGUUCAAAUUCAAGUAUUAUAAAGAUGGUAACAGGGAAAGGAUUCAGGGUUCCCAGAUGAAGAAACAAGUGGCCAACGAAGUCACCUUUUCAGAGCUUAGCAGCAGACCAGACGUAAAUUUGUUAAAGAUGGCCUGGAAGAUCAGUUGCCUAAUGAGAAUGUGCAGAUUUCUUCUCUUAGUGAUUUUGUUUCUGCCCUGUGAGGUGACAAGUUCUGUCUUAACUGUGAAUGAUAAAACUGAGAACUAUAUUCUGGACACUUGGCUUGGCUCCCAAGAAUCUCUGAAAUGUGCUGUUAAAAACCACACCAGGGAGGAAGAACUACUCUGGUACCGAGGACAGGGGACAGUGGAUUUGAAAUCUGGAAACAAAAUCAACUCCAGUUCUGUCUGUGUCUCUUCCAUCAGUGAAAAUGACCACGGAAUCACCUUUACUUGCAAGCUACGGAGGGAUCAGUCGGUGUCCAUCUCAGUGGUGCUGAAUGUCUUUUUUCCUCCUCUUCUGAGUGGAGACGACUUGCAAACCGUUGAGGAAGGCAGUGAUGUGAAGUUGGUUUGCAAUGUGAAAUCCAACCCCCAGGCUCGAAUGAUGUGGUACAAAAACAGUAACAUCCUGAAUUUAGAGCAAAAUCACCAAGUCCAACAGACAAGUGAGUCUCUUCAACUGUCAAUCACCAAAGUCAAGAAAUCUGACAAUGGAACCUAUAGCUGCAUUGCAAAUUCAUCUCUGCAAAUGGAGACCAAGGACUUUCACCUCAUUGUCAAAGAUAAAGGUGUGGCUAUACCCAUAGAACCCAUUAUUGCUGCAUGUGUUGUGGUCUUUCUGACAUUGUGCUUUGGACUCAUCGCUAGAAGAAAAAGUAUAAUGAAGCUCUGCAUAAAGGAUGAAGAUCCUCAAAGAGAAACAGCUUUAUGAGAAAGCUGAGAUGCCAUCUAACACAGCAAGAGUUUUGCAUCAGGACUUCCUUGAUUUAUGUAGUCCCAUCUGUAUUUAUUGCUAUUAUUAAAUUCACUCCUGUCAAAUUGUCAGAGGUUAUGAAGAAGUGUUUCAUUAAGCACUGAACAGUAGUUGUUAUGACUAACUUGAUAUACUUGCAGAACAUUUUUAUGAAGAACGCUAUUAAGAAUGAAAAGUAAGGUUCUGUUAAGGCUUCUUCUUGAAAGGUAUGUUAAUUGAGAUUUGUUCCAGAGAGAUUGGUAAACAUUUAGCAUAUAUUUUCUAGGUAGGAGAUUAAUGGACAUUUGGGUUUCACAAAUAAGGUGCAAAACCAAAAUCAAAAGGAGAGCUGAAUAUAGAGUGAUCGGUAUUUUAAGUUCGCCAAGAAAGCAUAUAAAUAAUAUCAAUUAUCAUCUACUUUAGCUGCUGUUUCAUAAAAGAAACGUUUUAGGACUCAAAAAAGGAAGGAUGCAAUCUCAGAAUAUAAGGCACUCCUUUAAAUGGAAUAAAUUUAGCGUUAUGAAAAAGUCA